UCUUGCGGGACGCACGCGCGCACAGACCAGGUUCCAUUUUUUUAUUACGAGGGAAAGAACAACCCCAUUUCGCCAUGACGCGGGUGACCCUUUUGCUGGUCUGUUCCCUACUAACCAUGGACAUAACUCUGGCGAGCUACAGUAGCAACCUUCUCAACUUCAUCAUCCGUCCGGCGGGUCGCAGUAGAUCCUUCAAGUGGCUGGGACGCGGAAACACUGAUAAUAUUCCCUUGUUCGUCCCGCGCCCUCCUUUCAUUCCCCGGUGGAUACCCAAAGAGCGGCCGGAAUACGUAGCAAAGUGGGUGCCCACCACUCCCCCUCCACAGUCCCAUCGCCCUCCACUUCACCAGCCUGGCUUUGGGGCGCCUAAGCCAAAUUCGGUGGUGAAUUCACAGGGACCUCCUGCAGCGUACAACCCGCCCGCUGCUGCUGCUCCUCCUCUCCUGCCGCCUCCUCCUUCUUAUCCCUCUGCUCCUGCUCCUGCCCCUGCCCCUGUUCCAACCUAUAACGCCCCAACAGCGAUUGCGCCACAAUCCUCAGGAUACGCCCCACCUCGUCCUGAUGACAUUGUUUCUGGUGUUCAGCCAGCAGCUGCUGCUCCUCCCCCAGCAACAGGAUACACAGCUGCUGCUCCUCCUCCAGCAACAGGAUACACAGCUGCUGCUCCUCCUCCAGCAACAGGAUACACUCCCCCUGUCACAAGCAACGUUAUACCUGAGACAGCCAUCAGGAACACUCUCCAUGCGGGCCCUACACAAGUUCCUGUGGUUCUGGGCGAGCCAAGCUUUAGCGCUCUUGUGCAAGACCAAGCUAGUGUUGAUGCCAAUGGCUUUCGUGACGUUGAUCCUGGUAGCAUCAUUGUCAUUGAUGAGGAUGACUUAGAAGAUGAGCUUGGCGACGUGAACGACCUUGGUGGCAGCUUUGAUGCUUUAAAUCCAGCUGAACCCGGAAGCGUUAUAUUUAUUGACGACGAUUCGGCCGAAACUGACGUCAGGGUUACCAGCCAGAUUGUUGCAAGUAACGAGGAUGACCUUCUGUUUAUCGUGAUACCCGACGAUGACAAACCUGAAGAUACGCUCGCCCCUACGACGGCUUCUGUUGUCCUUGAUGACGAGGGAAACCUCCAGACGCUCGGUGACUCUGGAGCUAAAUCUCUCCAGGAAAUUGAAACUACGCUCACAGCUCCCUCCGGCGACAUUUUUCUUACCAAUGAUGGAGGCAACCUUAAUGAUCAGUCAGUAUUUGUCAGCAUCCCAGAUGAGGCGUCGGAAGAUGAUCAGAUAUUCCUUGUAGGCCAAGAUAUCCCAAACUCGAGCGAGUUCCAGCCAAGCCAGGAAUUUGAGGAGAGCGAAGGAACUGUCUCUGGAGACGGCUUCCUCCCCAGCCAGGUCUUCUUGGUGGAUGAAAACCCAACAGACACAGUCAGUCAGAGCAUCCAGCCUGGUCAGAACUCCCUGCUGAACAUCAACCUCUCACCCACAGGCCUAUCCCUGGAAGAGCUCGCACGCCCUGCCCUUUUGGCCCCUCCCGCAACGCCCGUAGUUGCCUCGGGCCGCCGAGCUCCCCCAGCGUCGUCCUUCGCCGCCGCUCGUUCCAUCGAGCCCUCCGGCCGAGCCCUGCCCUCCGAGAUUCCUCAGCCCGUGCCUGUCCCCCUCAUCUCCCAGGGUUCAGUCACUCUCGACCUCCCACUGGAGCCGACCUUCAGACAAGCUCGCCUGGCUGCUCCUCCGCUGCCUUUCCUAAACACCCCUCAGAGUCUGCCUUUCGGCGCUCGCUUGAGACCCAGAAAUUUUCGCCCUCAGUCAAGAGCUUUCUUUUACGGAUAAGAUUCACACCUAGAUCUGCCCCAUUCAAGAUGUACCCUGCGGUUCUUGGAUGAAUGUGUUCAGGCCUCAUUUUGGCUCAUGAAAACUUUAAGCUUUAUUGUUGUAUAUAUUCCUUCUUUGCCAUGGAUAUUUAAAUGCAUUCAGUGAUAAACUUUUGUAGAAAGUAUUAUUGUUACUGUUAUUGUUAUUCUGUUUCCAGUAUCUAUCAUACAUUUGGCAUUAUAUUAAAAAGCAAGGUGAACAAACCAAGCUGAACCCCUGUGGUUCUUUGUAACACACAUCUACAGACAGUAAAUUUGUUGACAUUCCUCCCAGGAAUCAUUCAAGAAGAAUCAAUCUGAUUUUUUUUUUUUUAUUUAUUGCAAAUAUUGCCAGCUUAGGGAAUAGAAAGCCGUAAGAGAGAAAUUUCCUAAAAUGUUUUUUAUUUAGAUGUAAGUUCUUGGUUGGCGGCCUUGAUAUAAAUCUGGAAUAUCUGCCAUUGUAUGGAAUGACAUUGUUGCUGUGUAUGUACAAUUUAUUCAACAUUCCUGAUGUGUUGUAUAGAUGGAAUGUUCCAGUUGUCAGAUGGUGCCAGUUGUUUAUACAAAACAUUUUGUUAAUACUAUGUAAGAAAACUAUUUAAUUUUUUUGUA